AUGAUUUUUUGCAAGGCGGUUUUUGUUACUCUCCUGCUGCCACUGCUGAUAUCAUCACAGUACCAAGGGGACAACGGAAUAGUGGUCCCAGAGCAUGGAUUUUGUCAGCCGAUUUCAAUCCCUCUCUGCACGGACAUAGCCUACAACCAAACAAUUAUGCCAAACUUAGUGGGACAUUACAACCAAGAGGACGCAGGGUUGGAGGUGCACCAGUUUUACCCUCUUGUAAAGGUACAGUGUUCGCCGGAGUUGAAAUUCUUUCUUUGCUCCAUGUAUGCGCCUGUGUGUACAGUUCUGGAGAAGGCCAUUCCUCCCUGCAGAUCAAUCUGUGAGAGAGCAAAGCAGGGCUGUGAGGCUCUUAUGAACAAGUUUGGCUUUCAGUGGCCGGACCGACUGCGCUGCGAAAACUUCCCUGUGCUAGGAGACGGACAAAUCUGUGUGGGCCAAAACGAUUCCUCUGCAGCAACCGUCCCCCCCAUCGUGGCUGUGCCAGGGCCCCAGGAUGUCCCUAUGGUCCCCACACUUGAGAGGCCUUUCCGUUGCCCUCCUGUGCUCAGGGUACCCCCAUAUUUGAAUUACAGAUUCUUGGAGGAGAAGGAUUGUGCAGCACCUUGUGAGCCAUCAAGGAGUGGUGGGAGUAUGUUUUUUAGUGACAAAGAGAUCCAUUUCUCCCGCAUAUGGAUUCUGAUCUGGUCUGUGCUUUGUUGUGCCUCGACUUUAUUUACAGUAACCACUUAUUUAGUGGACAUGCAGCGCUUUAGAUACCCAGAGCGGCCCAUCAUCUUCCUGUCUGGCUGCUACACUAUGGUGUCCAUAGCCUACAUAGCUGGAUACUUCCUGGGAGACAAAGUGGUUUGCAACGAAAGCUUCAGCCCUGAAAACUACAAAACCAUCGUACAAGGUACAAAAAAAGAAGGCUGCACCAUCCUCUUUAUGAUGCUCUAUUUCUUCAGUAUGGCCAGCUCUAUUUGGUGGGUCAUCCUGUCCCUCACCUGGUUCCUGGCUGCAGGUAUGAAGUGGGGGCAUGAGGCUAUCGAAGCCAACUCUCAAUAUUUUCACCUGGCAGCCUGGGCAGUACCGGCAGUCAAGACCAUCAGCAUCUUGGCCAUCGGGCAGAUUGAGGGCGAUGUACUCAGUGGUGUAUGCUUUGUCAGCCUCAGCAACCUGGACCCCUUACGAGGCUUUGUGUUGGCCCCUCUCUUCAUUUACCUCUUCAUUGGAACCUCAUUCCUCCUGGCUGGAUUUGUUUCACUUUUCCGAAUCCGCACUAUCAUGAAGCACGAUGGUACCAAGACGGAGAAGCUGGAGCGCCUGAUGGUGCGGAUUGGUGUGUUCAGCGUGCUAUACACUGUCCCUGCCACCAUUGUGAUCGCCUGCUUCUUCUACGAGCAGGCCUUCCGCCCACACUGGGAGCGGAGCUGGGUCAGCCAUAACUGCAGGGGCCUAGCCAUCCCCUGCCCUCUGCAGACCGGGCCCCGGAUGACCCCAGACUUCACCGUGUACAUGAUCAAGUACCUAAUGACUCUGAUAGUUGGUAUUACCUCUGGUUUCUGGAUCUGGUCCGGGAAGACUCUACAUUCCUGGCAUAAGUUCUACACAAGACUGACAAAUGGUAAACAAGGAGAGACCACAGUGUAG